CUGUAACUCGUUAUCGGUGUUAACUGUGGUCCCCUGUGUCGAAUAGAAGUGGCGUCGGUUGGCGAUCAGUUGGUCGGACCACGAAACGAAGCGUGUCGGUCGUCGCGAGAGUUCUCCUCGCGUUCGCGGUUACUUCCAAUCCAUUCUCUUCUGUUCGUCAUUCUCGACGAGCCGUUUCUUGCUCUUUCUCUCGCCUUCCACCCCCCACCUUCUCUGUUUCACUUGCUCUACGUGCAUUACGCGAACGAGAGUCGCAGUCGAUCGCCAGUGUCGGCACAGAGGCAUCGUUGACGCUGUGUCCCUUCUCUCUCUCUCUCCCUCUCCCUCUCUCUAUCUAUUCAUCUCCUUCUCUCCUUUUUCUCUUCCUCCUUUUACGUUCUUUCCCUUCCUUUUCGCUCUCUUCUCUCGAUUAAUUCUUCCCUCUCUCCGUUUCUGUUCUCCUUCUUCCUAGCGAUGCGCCGUGCAUCCGACGGUACUCGCUCGCUUUCCAUCCACAUUCGCCGCAUCUUACGCCUUUUUUCCAUCCUGUUCGUUGGAUCGUCGCGUUUCCCGUCACGGGUUAUCUUCCCAUCGAAUUGUAGUAAGUCGAACGAUCCUGCGUAAGGUGGAUUCGGUGAUCGGCCGUGUUCCAGCAGUGAGUGUGAUCUUUCUCGUUGGCGAAGAUUUGUUCGAAUCGUGGCGUUGAGGCCUGCGAUUAUACGCGUAGCAGUGGAAAUACCAUACAGCGCCGCAGGUUUCAGGAAGGCUGAAAGUUUGGCGGUGGCAAGCUGCGCUUCCUGGGUACAGGAGGAUGGAGGCGGCGGAGGAAAUCGUCGAUGAAAAUCCCUGGAACACGGACGCGCGAACCGAUCGCGAUUCCACGCACCAAACUGCCAAGAGCGAAGAUCAAGAGGAGCAAGAGAAAGUUCUGUCGAUAGACAAAGUUACAGUAGAAAAGAUCGUGUUAGAAUCUGCUGGUUCUCGCGAGGUUCUUUUAACGAAGAAUGAAACUUCGUUGAAAAGGAAACUUUCGAUAAAAUCCGAGCCUGGUAAGCCAGCGUUCACGCGAUCAAAAACCAACGAAUCGGCGGAUUCUAGUAAAUUUCGUGCUUCUCUUCCCGAAGAUAUUCUUACACCUAACAGUACCGAUAUCUGUAAUAAUGCUCCGUCAAAAGAAAACACGGAAUCGACGAUUAUAGAAAAGAAAAUUAAGCCUGUUAAAUUAAGCAAGAGUCCAUCUAUAGGCAGCAUAGCGAUUUCACUGAAAAAUCUUACACCGACGAAGAUUUCGAGAAAAGAUUGGCCGAAAGACGAACUUGUUGCAGAUCGGAACAGAUCGGAAAAUAAAAGGAAGAACGAGCUUAGCGGGAAAAUCGAAGAGAAAGAAGAACGGGAUAAAGAUACGAAGGAAGAUAAGGACAACGAGAUAGAAGAAAUCGACGCGAAAAAUCGGUUAGAGAAGAGCCAAACAAACAUCGAAGUAUUGCAACAGAACCUGAACACGAAAAUCGACGCGAACACUGCUCGGAAAUAUAAAAAGAAACUACUAGAAUCGCGAGAAAACCGGGCUCUCAAGUUAUCCGACGCGGAGCCUAGCGAGAAGUUGGCCAGUAAAAUCACGUUCGACGAGGAAUUUCUGCAGAAGCAUAAUCUCGACAAGAGGUUGAAGAUCGAGGAGUACGGUUUGCUGGACGUGAAUCGCGAAUCUGUUUCCACUGUAGAAGAAGAGUCAGACUCGACGAAGAGGCCUAUCUACAGCGAGAAGGUGCUGGAAGUGGAGAAGAGGUGGUCCGGGGAGUUCCUGAAGAACCAAUUGGAUCGUCACUCCUCGGAAUCGUCCAAGUCCUCUUACGUGGAGGAGUUGGGCAGUGUUUCCUCCAGGGAGAGCGAGGACUACGAUCCUCAGGCGCCGCUCUUCGACCAGAGAAAACGCAGGCCCGAGUUUGAACGAUCGAUCGAUCUUUCUGGCAACAGAACUUGCGAGGAAAUUCUCGCUGACAGCACGCUCAGCACGGUCGACUCGGAUUCCUGUCUCGAGGACAGGAUCAAGUCUUUGGACGAGGACAUCAGAGAAAAGGAGAACGAGAGAAUCGAGGAUGACUCUGACAAUGUGGAAGUUGAUCGGCGAAAAGAGAUAGAGUUGGAAGCUUCUAAUCUGUGGAACGAGUCCGUGUAUUUAUUGUCGAAGGAAUUCUGGAAUCCUAGGAACGAGACAGCCAAGAGUUUCACAGAACAACCGAGGAUCGAAAGCGAGAAAAUUUCGAGUUCCACGAACACAGACAGCGUCGAUUUUGCGUUAGUUAGAGAGAGUUGUAAAACAGACGGCUACGCGAAUCUGAUAAGAGAGUUCACGAUGGAGGCGGGCACUUCCUCUCGCACGAAGAAAGAGGAGAAACAAAAGAAGAAACUGGGCCUUCGUCGUCUGCUACCUGGUUUCUUCUCUCCGAAGGAUUCUCGAAAAGACUACAAGAAGAAGGAGUCUAAAGAGAGAAAGAGGCCCGAUGACAGACACUUUGCUCGUUACCAGCAAAACGGGAACUAUACCAGGUCUCCUGACACGAUGAAUCUGAACGAAGAUAUAAAGAGGAACGUAAAGUUGGACAACAGCCUGAACGGGUCGAUCAUCGAGGAGAGGCUGGACGAAAUUAAGCGCGAGCUCUUUCCGGAUCAAGGACCCAUAACGAGCACCCCGGAUCACCUAGCGAGAGACGAGGAUAACGAAGGUCUGUUACGCAAUCGAAGCGGAGCUCCGAGAUCUUACACGACUGAUUCCAGUCUAAGCUCUAUCGCGCCGGACGAAAGGUGGAACGAGCGGAACGCGCAGCUGGGAAUCUCGCCCGACAUCAGGAAAUUCGAGCAGAGGCAGAAACGCGAGGAAUUUAGCCAGAGAUACGGCCAGCGAUACGGUCAGCUGGAACGAAAACACAGUCUGCAGGAGCCGAAUCAUGCGAGUAGACCGCCUUGCUUCUUUCAGAGGAAUCACGCAGCUUCUGGAAGGACCUCUGCUCCACCUAGUGAGAGGUAUCUAGUUAGGCCGAGGGCCAUUCAUCCGAUGGAUCGACCGUUGCCCGCGAUACCUCACUCAAGAACCGAAUUGGCCAACUACGAGAACUAUUUGGAGGAGCAAGAGGAAAGGCAAGAGCAAAUAGCCAGAUAUGGAAAGAACGCGUACGAUAAGCCGCCGGAAUACCUGAACGAACCUGGAUUGUACGAAAAUGAUAAUCCUCCUGGUCUGAUUUUGAAGUCUGUGUCUGCACAGGUGAAGAUUACUAGGCAGCCGAUAGUAAAUCAGAAUCACAGAGCCCCUUUGGUAGGUAGAUCCCCCAAGUACCUUUCCUCAGGGUCCAGUCAGAAAUCUGGAGAUUACGGGGAUUCGAGUUGCACACCCAAUUCCAGCCAGAAAAGCGAAUUUUCGCCAUCCAGUUCGAAGAGCGGCGAAUAUUAUUUACAUUCGCCUCGAAAUAGUGGGUCUCCCAAUGGACGCGAGUUCGACGAGGAAGAUUCUAGGCGAGAAGGGAUCUACGAAAAUGAGAAAUCGCCCUCCAGAUCGUCGACUAGAUGCAUGGAUGAGAGGAUUUAUGACGAGACUCCUGCCUCGCCUUCUCCUUGCCAAGAGAAUUCGGCCAAUGCUAAGCAACUCGACCGUUCAAUCGAAGACUCUUUGGACAAGAGAAUUUCCCCGUCUCAGAGAACUCGUUCGAGAGGAGAAAGAUCUGUUUCACCGAGAGAAAAUCUUGCGAAUGAAAAGCGCGAGGAUGAAAGGCAAGCUGGAGAAGCGAAUAAUCGCGAAGAAUCGAAUCGUGGUCCGACUUCUCCUAGCGGAAGCCAAGGCAAACCGAUUUCUCCCUUUGGAUCGCGACAACGUCUACCAGCUUCCAGGAGAGCUCAGCCCAACGAGCAAAUUCUGAUAGCUUCUCCGAAAAGAGAAACCACUUGCGAGACGAGAAUACCACGUCCUUCGAACGACUCCAGACGCUGCGCUAUAGAAUCACCUGUUCACAUGACGAACACACCCCGUAAACUUGUUAACGUUAAUUCCGUGGAUCAACGUAACCAAGAUUCCAGUCCAAACAAGGAUGCUACUAUGACUAAAGACACUGCAGGGGUCAAUGGAAACUUUAAUACAGAAAUACCGAGACCAGAGCCCAUUUACGGAUACAAAAGUCAAAGAAACGCGGUUGUUAGCUCUUCAAGAAUUCAUUCGCCGGAAAACAUAAACCAUAGAUCGGAUAAUAUAAAUAGGAACGACGGUGACGACAGAGUGGCUUGGGUUCAAGCACACACGUCUUCUCCACAAGCAAGUCCACAGCAGCCAAGCGAAGUUCAUACGAGUCCGCUGAAAGAAGUUCAACCAAACACGCAGAAGUCUGUCCAUUUGACCGAGUCAGGGUCCAAAGAAAAUCAUCAUCAUCGAGAGCAGACUCAUCAUUCGCAAAAUGCUGUUGCGUCUCGUCAGGUGGAAAUUCAAUUAGCACGAAACGCUAAUAGAGUUGGCGUAGAAGAGCAAAGUGUUUCGCAGCAGCAAGAGUCUCGGCCAGAAACGAUGUACGUUCAGAAAAUCUGCGAACCAAUGUAUGGACAACGGGGAACAUUGAGCAUUAAUAGCGGACCUUUGUCACCUUCGAAACAAAAGACCAGACAGCAUUUAGAAGCUUUCUACUGGCAGCAGAAGGCGUUGGAAGCACACAGAAAGUCGCUGGCGUCUCCUGUGAGCGCCAGCUCCAGACAAAUGGCUAGAAAAAUUGAUUUACCCGAGGUCAGGGAAGCUGUGUACUGGCAGCAGCUCAAGAAGCUGGAUGAGGAACAACAACGACGUAUUUACGAGCAGAAUCUGAUGGAGGAAUCCUCUUAUUGCAAAAAGAAUCCCGUCAGAACGUCGACACCUAGACAAACUGCGAUUCGAAGUCCCACGAGUAUUGCCGUGCCUGUUGCUCAUGGUAACCCAGCUUCGUGGUCCGCUGGUAAUCUUCGAUGCUCUAAAUCGAAUCCUAUAGGAAAACCGCCUCUAAUGCAGAGUCAGAAGGGCCAGAAUCAGCCUGUUUUGAUCGUCAGACCUCAACAGGCCAUUCGCGAUCGUCGCGAUUUGGUUCCAUCCAAACCUCUGGAGCCCGCUAGACAAGAGGCGCAAAGAAGCAAAAGUGCUUCUCCACAUUUUCACAGAGGAGAGGGGCAAGUGGUUCCGAGGAAACUCGAAGUUUCUUCGAUCUACGAUCAGGAGACGAAUGACGUCGAUGGAAAGACAGUCGCUCCUCCGCCGAUUUUUAAGAGGGGAAGCUUGAUCGGCGGAGAGUCUGUGGAGUACGGAACCGCCGGUGGCGCGAAAAGGGUCAGUUUCUCCAACCAGUCGGCCAUUGGUCAGGAUUUGGCUAGUGGAAGCUGGCCAACGAAACAUGGCACUGCCCCGGAACCACCGACUAGGAGACACAGGAGCGAAGACAGUGUUUCCGAUUCCGAUUCCGUGUUCUUGCAUCAGGAACGUAGGGAUGUGAAUUGCCUGGAUGGUACGGAAUAUGACGCUGACAGACCUCUGCCGCCUUUGCCCAAAGAUGUUGCAAGUGGCAUGAGAAGCGUAUCUACAACUGGACCAGGACCCGCACGGAGUGUCGCCUAUGGCGAAGUUCGUUGGAACAGUGGGAACGACCCUAGGAGGGCUGUUAGUCCGCAACGAGUACUUCAGCAAAAUGAGGAAGAGUGGAAUUCGGAUGGCAAGGGUCGACAGUCCAACGACAUCGGUGGGUCCGGCAGGGGGGAGGGUGAGGCGGGCUCGAACGAGGUUGCAACUGGUCGGCGAGGCGGCAGUGGCGGCGGCGUGGGUAGUGGAGUCGGAGGGGGCGGGGGCGGAGGUGGAAGUGUGUUGGGGGUUGGAGGUGGCGGAAGCGUCGGCGGAGGCUCGGGGGGCAGAAGCGGUUCAGGGGGUGGUGGCCGAUCGAGGGACGAGCCGAGGAGGCACACCCUCGGCGGCGAUCACCAACCGUCCCUACAUCAUCAGCAGUUCAACGCGGCCCAGCAGCUACACCCCCUUCAUCCCCAUCAUCUGCCGCCGCCACACGGCCAAUACGGUACGCCGCCGACGCGUCAUACCACCAUGGAUCUCGAGAUGGGGACCAAGUCUCGCCAGAGAAAGUCGCCUCUUCCGCGCGGGUACCCACCUCCCUCUUCGACGAUGUUAUUCGAUGACGACCCGGGCAUCAUGUCCGAGGUGGAGACAUCGAGCACUGGAUUUCGACGGGGUGGUAAGCAAAGAAGCAGCCUCCCCGUCGUACGGACCCCCAGCAAAACUCUGGAGCGACCACUAGGUAACGAUCGACCCGCGAUAGAAUUAGGAGCGUCUUGUUGCUGCCUCGCUGCUCGAUGCCCUUGUCGGACAUUCCUGACGAAACGAUGCGUUUCUGUGGACGAUUCCUUAGGUCUAGUGUUCCUGCAGUAUAGAAACGAGACGAAGCGGGCGCUCCUACCCAACGAAAUCACUAGCAUAGACACCGUUAAGGCUCUCUUCGUCAGAAGUUUUCCCAAACAACUCACUAUGGAAUAUCUAGACAGUCCUCACGUCAAGGUUUACAUACACGAUAGCAACAAGGACAUGUUCUACGAACUCGAAGAUCUCAGAUCGCAUCUGAGAGACAUCCGAGACCGCAGCGUCUUGCGACUGUUCGAGAGCACUGACGGUGUGACAGGGAUGCCAGGACCUUUGGGGAUACCGGGAACAGGAACAGGACUACCUCCUCACUGGGAAGACCAGAGCUAUUUCAGCGAGCCGGAAUUCGACAGCGAAUAUCAACAUCAACAUAUUCACAAAAGCAAGACGGCGAAGAACUCGACUUCCGGAAGCAGCGGGUACUACGUCGGAGGAAGCAGCACCCUGCCACGUGGAGGUCAACUAAUGAGAGCGUACAGUCCUGCGGCGUCGUCGGUAGUCGGAGGACCCAAUGCAACGCCUACUCAACCGAAACCUCUCGCCACUCCAGAUGGUUGGAUAGGUGGUGGCGGGGUGCCGCCGGCCAAGCCGCUUCGCAGCUACCAGUGUGGUAAGAGUCCCCUUGGAAGCCUCGGGGGCUCGGCUCGCUUCUCUAGAGACAGCUCGGUCUCCCUCUAUAGUAUAGCAGAUCGAUUGCACGGGGAAAGCGGUUAUAUGAGCAGUCCAGAAAGAGGUGGCGGAGUUGGCUCUGGAACUGGCAGAUAUCCAGCUGGUCCUUACAGCGCUGGGAGCAGCUACGAGGACCCGUACUACUCGCAGUAUUCGGGAACAGUGACACCGGUCAUCGACGAGGAAGCCAGUGGGUGGUGCAGCGAUACGGAGCUGUUGGAGGAAUCGUACAGCCUUUACGGUGUGAAACCGCCAGGCCGUCCGCCAUCCGGUCCUCCGCGAUCCCCGUUUCCUCCAGGGGCACCGCCACCUUUGCCAUCCGGUGGCCAGAGCUACGACGCUACUCGGAUAAGGGUAGAACACAUGGAGAGGCAGCUGGCGAACCUGACAGGUCUAGUGCAGAAGGCUCUGACCCACGCACCUCACACGAGUCCAUCGCCUCGUGAUUAUCUACAAGUUCCAGCUGGACGCGAUCCUUACGCAAGAGGACCAGGCGCAGGGGACGAGUUCGACAAACACUCUAGCUCCAGCUCUGCCUCAUUGCCAGUGUCUCAACCUGCCGUUACAGAUGACUCGUACUUAAGGACUGACGUAAAACCACCAAAGUUAGGCAAAGACAAGUCGGUGUCGUUUGAAAAGUCAGUGUCCUUCAGUGACGAGCCACCAGACAUGAAUUCCCCCAAGCAGCAUUCCCCGCAGCACGCAGCGGACACAAAACCAACAAAACCGGCGAUCAAAUCCUCCACGUUGCCGAGGAUGUCUUCGCAAGAGAGAGACAGGCACAAGCCGACACCGCCACCGAAACCAGCAGCGCUGGUAGCUGGCCAAUAUGUUUAUCGUGACAUGGCUCUGACACCGGAAAUGUACAACCAGUUGCGAGGUUUGCAGAAGAAGGCGAAGGACCUCAGGCAAGAAGUUAGGAAUCUGAGACGCAUGUCUCAGGCCCAGGCGCACACCAUACGAGAGACUAUAUUGGAUACGUUCAUCACCAUCAGGACAAUGUUGCUGUCGUGCGGCGACGCAGCUUGGGAUGCGGAGAAGAUUCGACUGAGCCGCGAGGAAGACCUCUACAGGCAGGAGAUGUUGAGGCUGGUAAAAGAUCUAACCGAGCUGGAGAACACGGUGGAGGAACUACGUGGCAACGUCAUAAACAGAAAGACAAGGGUCAAUAUGUCGGAUGUGGAGAACAUGGCCUUGAUAAUGAGCAAAUCCAGCAAAACGGUGGCGGACCUGAAGGUGCGAUUCCCGAGUCUUCAGGAAGGUAUGAAGGGUUUAUUGAGCUCUGAAAUGGAGAUGGUCGUACGAGCGGAGAAAUUCCUGAAAGAAGAGCCAGAACGAUUAGAGUCGGCGUUGAAGCGUUGCAAAAAGCUCACUAGUACCCUCGUGACGCUCAAACGUUUGGCGUCGGUGCAAGAGCAGCGAUUACCAAACGCAGCAGCGAGCGUAGACGCCGAGGAGACGCCACCGAUAACACCGACCUCUGCUCAACAUUCCAAGGCAGCUGCCCCUGUGCCAGCGGAACGCACUGUCGUGGGGUCAGCGAGCGUCAUCGGGGGAGGGCCCCACCCUCACGAGCCACCCGCCACCCAUCAGCAGCGUCCGGAGAACGCACUCGACGCUCUGCUAGACGAACUGCAGACGUUCUCGAGACCAAGCUCGCAGCUAGGUCACGCGCAAGGCUCCUCAACGAUGCUUUCCGAGCUGGGCAGGUCAGGAAGCAGAGGAGAGGCAGUCGGUGCAUCCACGGUGGCAACAACGGGUCGGCCGCCGUGCAUCUCGGACAUAGGACGGAAGGGGAGCGUAGAUUCUUCCAGUGGAACGUUGUUACCAAGCGGCGGAACACUAGCGCCAACGGCAGGGCCACCAAACGCCGGAGGAACGCUUCGCAGAUUGCACUCUUAUCCGUCGAGUUCGGACACAGAUACGUCGCCCCCCAUAGCGAGACUUCAGGUGUCCCUGCAGGAGCAGCCGAGUCUGCCCACGCUGCCGCAAGGAUUCGUUCCCGGACAGAAGCCACCGGUGCCUGAGAGAAACGCGGAGCUACUUCAGCUGGCCAGCGCCAGAAGGGUGCCACCGCCUCCACCGCCGCGCACCAGCUCCAGGUCUCCCUUGGCUAGUCCCACCAGCCCUCAGCUACCACCUAGAAACCAUUCUUAUAAUUUACAGAGCGCCAACGCCACGCUCCGAAGGCCACCGGCACGCGGUACCCUUCCUGUUAAAGAGGGCAAGCCUCCCAUGGCUCUACCAACAGAACAGCCUGUGGCUACGCUCGAGAGCACAGCACCCAGUCCAGUGCUUCAUAACAACUCAACGAGCUCUCAGUCGUCAGCCGUGCUAUCCACCAGCAAUUCCAGUUCCUGCGAGAGCGUCAACUCGCAGGAAGGUCUGCAGAGCAAGAAGGGUAGGCAGGAGCAGCUGGAGCAACGGCAUCAGGAGCUGUUGCGUAAACAGAAGGCUCUGCAGGAGCAAUACGCGAGACUGCAACAGUUACAGAGGAACACGGCGGGUCUGACUACAAUUCCGCCUGCGCCACCAGAUCUUUUGAAGAAGACAGGAUCCGAGAGUAAUUUGUUGGCUAAGAUGGGCUUGGGACUGAGCACUGCCAGCUCUGGAUCCUUAACUAGUCUAACUGCUGCUAAGCAGCCCUCUCUUACUCAGGAGGUAGUCUCUGUGGAUGGCGUUCAUGCGCGACAAGAAGAGUCGAACGAACAGCAGAGGAUGACCAACUGCAACGUCGCGUCCAACGUAAUCGCAACGACCAGCUCCGGCGAAUCUAACGGCAGUCAGACAGCGAUCGUUGCUUGUAACACGUCGGCAGCGAGCGUUUCCGCCGUAGCGUCAACGACGUGCAGCACCGCGAGUACGACUGCUACCACUACCACUAGCAAGAUCUACGAAACGGAUAUUCUGUGACCGAGAAGCCGUUCGUUGCUCGAGGCGAGCGUAAACGUGGCUGCCGCCGAAGUCGUGCUCGCGAGUUAACCGCGUUUUAAGCAAGCGAAGGAUAAAAACUGGGGAACGAAAGGGCGAUUUUUGUGGGAAGAUUAGAUCGCGACGAGGCGACCUCGCCGGCUGGAAAGUAGAGAAAACAGCGUAGAGAACUUAGCGAGUCACGCGUAAUUUAUAAUAUCGAUUAUCAUAAUUAAUAACGAUAUAUAGUAUUACUAAUCAUAAACGAAAAGCGCAAUCUCUCUCUUUCGGAACGCAUAAUCCGGAUGCAUAAUAAUAGGGAGGCGAAAGAGGCUGGGAGUGAUCCCUCACGAUCGUUUUUAGGAAUAAAAAAAAGUUGGGCGAUUCGAAGAUCCAGUUCCUGGUUUAGGCAGGAUACAAUGAUUGUAUUGUCGAGCAUACGUCAAGCUGUAGCGACGAUUGUGCCAAAAUGGAGAGCGAAAGCCGAUAAACAACCGAUAAAACGACACGCCCCUUUACUCGCGUUUUCUCCUCGAGCCAAGCUCUGCUAACUUCGAGCGAAUAAAACCGACUGUCGCUAUGAUCGUGGUCUAUCGUGCAUACCUAUGAGUAUAUCUAACUAUAUCUACGAAAGAGAAACGAUAAAUUUAUAUACACAAAGCACAGGAGUAAGAUGAGAAUUUCUAUAUAAACGAAUAUUUAAGCGAAUAGAGUUAGAUUGAUAGAGAAGCAGCAGAACAGCGUCGUAAUACACUGUCGUGUCACGUCAGAUAUCCUUGGCAGAGAACGUUUAAUGGAAACGUUUAUUCCUGUCCAAGAACCGGCUAUGUACGAACUCGCACAAAGUGCUAACGACCGCGCUGAACGAAGCUAUAUCUCUCCUUAUAUUUACUUAUAAGUCACGGUGUGUGAAAGAUUCUUCGUAUGUUUCUAAGUAGCUUUGAUCGGAAAAAGAAAAAAAGAUGUAACCUCGAUGGAAAACGCGAGGGUAGAGUGCGACCUUAUCUCGUGUCGCGGUAAACGCGUUUCGGUUAAUGCUUUAUUUCCAUUAUAUUGGCAUAAUAAUUCCAAUAUAUUGGAAUCGAUUCUCCAAUAAUGGAAAUUCCGAAGAAGAUCGAUUUUUCGACGGACAAUGGCAAGAUCGAAAGGAACAUUGCUCAAUAUUUACCGAUCGAAAAAUGCAGCGAGUGUUUACACGGCGUUGUCAAACUGCUUGUCGAUUCGUUCCAAAGUAUGGUUCGUUUCGUGAAAAAUUUCUGCGAAAUCUCGUGAGAUCGGCAUGUAAAUUAUCAUUCGAUGUAUCAUGUGAUGACCGACUCGUUCGAUCGUUUGCUGGCUUCACGAAUUUGCCGUAUCUUCGACCGAUCGAACCUAACCCCAAACCUACAUCUAAUUAGCGCGUUCUUGGAACGAUUCGCCGCGCUAUUCCACGCCAAACGUUCAUUCCUAAUUCGAUUAGCUGAUUAAAUUGAUUCGCUUGAAUCGUAUCAGAGUUCAUUGAUAGAGCAUAUCGCAGUUGUCACGCGUCAAUCCCAAAUUUCUGUCAGCCUUUAAGAGGCCGCGUGAUCUGUUGGUGAAAUUCGCGGUAUCCCUGUUAAAAAGAACGCAGGAAGCGCGAGAGAAAGAAGAAUGAGAGUAGAGAACGAUGAUAUGAUGUAAGAUUCGGUAGUAACGUUGACAGCGAAGAAGAAUACCCGCUGCUUUUGUUAUCGAGGUGUUGUAGAGAGAUGUCGGACUAGCGAUGAGCUAAACGGAAUAAGGUAACCGUGCUUCCCAGUGCUCGACAGAAAUCAGAGAUACACAUUUAUAUAAUCGAUAUGCGCAUACUUUGCUUCGAGAGGCCUAAUAGCCGAUAGGUUUGAUUCCGUGCUUCUUCCUUUCCGUUCGUUUUCCUAUUCAACUGGAAUUAUUGCUUGCCGCGGUUUUCCCUUUCUUUCGUCGCGUCGUCAUUCUUCGAUAGUCGAUUAGUAAAGAUUUCGUCUACUACGCCGAUCGUAAUCGUGGCUAUUAUUUAUUUUCUACGUACACCAUGAAACGCAUCUAUAUGGAAGUAAUAAUUAAUAUACAUAUAACGAUAAGAAGUAAUAUGAAUAAGAAUAUGGAUAAUAACGAUCGAUCACAGUAUUCAGUUGCGAGUGUUUAUCAAAUCAUUAAACGAUCAAGACGGUACACGAUCCCAACGAACAAGCACUUCUCGUUCGAUCUUCACAGUCGGACUUGUAUAUUGUUCCAUUCACGACAAGUAGGUACUUACAUGCAGCAGCCUCCAGUCGCAUAAUUUGCAUUUGUACAAAGCUGCUUUCUCUCAACGCGCACUUCUUCGUUUUCUGCCGAUUCGAUCCCUUCCCUGUCCUACCAUCCUUCCUUCGUUCCUCCGUUUAUCUACUCACGAAAGUAUGCGUUUCCUAUUUUACGUAACCGAGUCACAUCUCAUCUUCGAGAACCACCCCAUGGCUCAUGGUCUAUUAUCCAUGGCCCAACCCAUCCCCAGGCAAUAAUUUCUCCCUCGAGAGGUGUGAAAUAUCGGUGCCACACCUUUCGACCGCGAGACGCAAAAGCGGGACCCGAAAUCGAUUCAGUUAUUUCCAGAACGUUAGCCAAUAAUCGAUAUGUAAUGUUUUCCGACGAUCCUGUACGCCAAAUCGAAUUGACUUGUUACAUUUGUAAAUGUUUGUAAGUAACUAUCACGUAAUAAAAUAAUCGAUUAAUAAUCAUCGAAA